ACUGCCGUCGCGGACGGACGGAGGAACGAGUCGUCGCCGGCAGCGCGGUUGCGCGCAGCGUCGCUGAACGCGGGUCGCGGCGAGGGGGUGACGAGGGGUACGCCUUGCCUCAGUGCACGACUUGACGCAGCGGCGGACGACACGGGACGACGGGCAUUUCGGAGAACGGUACUUGGGAGGAAAAAUUCGGAGCCCCGCGAAGUGUUGGCGCGCGCGGCCGACGCGGCCGAAUCUUCGCGUGCGACCCGGAUCGAUCCCGUGACACAUCGGGCCCACGGAACGAGUGAGUCCGGAAUAUCGGGGAGUCUUGUUCUUGUGUGAAACGUUUUGCUCCCGCGAAUCUCGCGUAUAUCUUGUCGACGGGCUUGUGCUUUAUAUGAGUGCUACGGACCGCGACCUCGCGUUGCACCCAGUGGACGACUACCUGUCGCGAGGAUUUCACUGCGCGAAUCAUCGGCCGGCGACCCUCUUCGUCUUCGCAUUGACGGCGCCGUAGUCAAGAUCACGAUGACUAUGGAUGUGAGCAAAUCUGAGAAUAAAAAUGGUUCGACGCAGCAGGUCUGCGCCGGUUGCGCGAAAGCAAUUACAGAGAGGUACCUCCUCAAGGCUCUGGACUCCUACUGGCACGAGGACUGCCUCAAGUGCAGCUGCUGCGACUGUAGGUUAGGAGAAGUCGGCUCUACCCUCUACACCAAAGCUAAUCUUAUCCUCUGUAAGAGGGACUACCUCAGGCUCUUCGGGAGCACGGGAUGCUGCGCGGCAUGUAACAAGCAAAUACCGGCAUUCGAGAUGGUUAUGAGGGCCAGGACGAACGUCUAUCAUCUGGACUGUUUCGCCUGUCAACAGUGUACUCAUCGGUUUUGUGUGGGCGAUCGGUUUUACUUGUGCGAGAACAAAAUUCUCUGCGAGUACGAUUACGAGGAGAGGCUAGCGUUCGCUAAUAUGGCGAUACAAUCACCUGCCUCAUUAGCAUACAUCAAAAGGCAACUCCCUCCUACACCGACACCUCCGGGUCAGAACAUGCAUCCGGGACACAAUCCGCUCCAGGCUCAUCAAGGUCUGGGACAGUCGGUGGCUCAGCACAAUCAUGUGCCCAACGGUCAAAUGUCAGGCGGCACGCCAACGGUGAACGGGACGACUAUAGGGGUCGGCGGGCCGAGGGCGCCGGGUGACAUGAACAACAACGGUCUGUCCGGACCCGCCCUCGGACCCGUGAAGCCACCCCCGAUGUCUAUGCAGGCGCCGACCAGCUGAAACGAGGCUUCGCCGCCUCUGAAGAAGCUCAGGUGUCUCAGCGGUUAUUAAAACCGACGCGAGAGUAGUUUCUCCUCGCUCGUGGAAUAUAAUCGAGGAUUCCAACAGCAAGAGAUGCGAAGGAAGCAUACGUUGCGUCGUUGAGAAUGUUGGGAUGAAAAGGUUUGAAGGGACUGAAAGAACGAGAUGUAAAACUGGGACGUAGACAGAACCAAGAGGAGGGGAGAGUCGGACGAACUCGAAGUGGAAAUCCGAGGUUUCGUGGACAAAGUGACGGGAUUGGAGAUUGGAAUCACUGUGAUCGUGAAAAAUGAACAAAUUUAACGGAAGAUAUAUUAAUACAGUAGGAUACGCGCGCGCGCGAGAUACGAGCUGGAGCUCGAUAUACUGUAUUUACUGAGAGAGACACACACACGUACACAUACAUACUUGUAUACACUGAAUAUACGAAUACACGGACAAUGCAAGCGUUUAAAUGACGUCGUAAAAUUCUCUAGACAUCUUUCAGGCGUCUCUUGGACUUUUGUGUCGUCUGUUGUUGAUGCAUGUACACGUCUUGUAAAAUACGAUACGAUACGACACCCGACACACGUAAAAAUAAAUUAGAUGAUUCGUGUAAGAUAUAUUUCUAGCGACAAGAGAUGGGAGAGAAUGUGUGAUUCUGCGCGAGGACGAAAAUUUACGUGUGCGUGAACGGCGGAGUCGUCUGUAAAUAUAUCUGUGUCGUAUCCGACUCCGCGAGAAUGUGUGAGAGAAGACGAAACAAUUACCAGUAUACGCAGGUCCACCGAGAUGACUCUUAUCCCGCUCGUGAUAUCGCCAUCGUCCAUCCAUAAGGACGUAGAGCGUCGAUUCAAAGGAGAGAACUUUUAGCGAAGAGGACGCGAGGGGUUCUGUAACACGUGCCAUAUUAUCCAUUCUACGAUCUCCCGUUUUACAGCAGGCCGAAAGUGCGCAGCCAAAGGGAAAGGAGAAGUAAGAUAAUAAUCAUUUCAUAUUUCGCGAAAUUGGAAGAAAGAUCGUAAACAUUUAAUAGAUUGUAUAUCGAAAUUUGUAUUAAAUUUUAUUUCUAUUAUUUAUUGCAUAGAUAUUGCAUCGCAAGCGAGAUCGAUUCGCAACAGCUGAUACCAAAGAUUAAUUAAAAACGUUAGGUUAAGAACCCCUCGGAGAACAAGCGCCGCGGAAAAAUUCAGUUCGAGACAGCCCGACGUGCGUCAUAACGAAUUAUUUUCCGUAGGCUUCGUCCGGCAAGUUUUCGCGAAAGCGUAGUGAAACUUUCAGUGACCUCGGCACAAAAAAUUGCAAACAAUUAUUUUAUUAAUGUCACAAUUAAUGUUUUCAGAAUUUUCACCAUUUUAAAAGUUUUAUCGAAAUAAAUUCGAAAGUAAUUUAUGACAUUGAGACUUUUAAAUAUUCCGCGACUGGGCCGAGAGUCGCGAAUUCCCGCCGGAUCGGAGAGCGAGGGGUUUAGUCUCAUUUAGCUUUAACGCUUUAAUGCCAAAAAUACAGACGGCGCUUAUUUAUCUAUACCAUACGCCAUUCAUUCGGAAUACAUUCGUAAUCGUAUGGGAGCAGGAAGGAGAUCGACGGAAACGCUCUUACCACAUUGGUUGCCGCGACAUUAUUAACCGUGAACUCGUAACGCUAUUAACUGUGAGCAAUUUCCCGCGACGCCGGAAAUACCGAUCCGUCUCUCAUUCCCGCGUAUAUCCGGGCUUUCUCUCGUUUCCGGCCGGUUGCAUCAAUAUCGCGCGCCGGCGAGAAUAACUAUAACACUACCAUCACUUUUCUCGUCUGGCGUUACGCACACAAUAACACUUUUUUAUCUUAUAGAUCUUGUUAUGGCUCAAUCAUUAUUUCAUUCUAGAGACAGGAUUGUAAUAAUUACGGUUACAUAAUUAAAAUGGUCGGCGCGACGCCGAUUCUGAAUUCGAACGAAGCCUAUCGGUAAUCAUGUCCGCUGAUAUGACGUGCAACGGACGUGCAUAUGCGAAAAAUGAGAGAAAGUGCGCGUAAUUUCAUUGACAUGGAACACUUGUAAAACUUGUCGAGCAGAGCAACGGAUCGAGGCGCCCGACGACUCUGUCGUACCGCUAGUACAAAGAUCUCGCGACAUGGCGAAGGGAGAGAGGUGAGACGAUCGAACCGAGCGAAAUGAAACAUUAUCUCCCACGUAGGACAGAGAGGAACAGGGAACGACUCUUUCCCAUUUUUUAUUCAUCUGUAUAUAAUAUCACUCUUACCUAGGAUUCUAUUAAUAUAUUAACGACGGUUUCUCCCUCUUUACGGAAGGGGAGGGACACUCCCAUUACUACCGAGAAAAUAUAACAUUCUUAUAAAUACAA